CUGGCCCUGGGGUUUUAGUCUUUACCGUCUGGCCCCAUCAGCCGUCUACUACCUGGGCCGAGGGAGCCAGAGCUGGGCCCUGGGGAGAUGGCUGAGGUCCCAGCAGCAGAGAGAAGCAGGAAGAGUGCCCCGCAGCCCCAUGUCUCAGCCAGGGCUUCCUUCCCCAGCUCCCACCCGUGGAUGUGAUGGCAGCUCCUGCUGGGUCCUGGUGUCUGUUCCUCCUUGUCCUCCUCUUGCCCCUGGUCAUCCCUCGGGCAUCUACAGCAGUGAAUGGAUUGCCCGCCUCCUCAUCUGGUAGGAGCAGGAGUGGCGGGCAAGCCCCAGAGGGCCAUGGGCACCCUGCAGCCAGCCACGCACCCCUCGUCUUGCCAGCAGACACUUCCAAGCUCACCUGCUUCUACAAUUCGAGAGCCAAUAUCUCCUGCGUCUGGAGCCAAGACAGGGGCCUGCAGGCCACAUCCUGCUACAUCCACGCCCAGCCGUAUAAAUGGCGGUGGAACAAAUCCUGUGAGUUGCUCCCAGUGAGGCCGGGAUCCUGGGCAUGUAACCUGAUACUUGGACCCCCAGAUUCUCAGAAAGUGACCGUAGUUGAGAUCACCAGCUUGAAAGUGAUAUGCCGUGAAGGGGAGAAGUGGAGGACGGUGAUGACCCAGGACUUCAAGCCCUUUGACAACCUUCGCCUGAUGCCCCCCAACUCCCUUCAAGUUGUCCAUAUAGGGACCCACAGUUGCAACAUAACCUGGAACAUCUCCCAGAUCUCCCACUACAUUGAAAGCUAUGUAGAGUUUGAGGCCCAGAAGAGGUUCCCGGGUCAAGGCUGGGAGAAGGCCGAGCUGCUGACCCUCAGGCAGAACCAGCAAUGGAUCUUCCUGGAGACACUCACUCCAGACACUCCGUAUGAGCUUCAGGUGCGGGUCAGGUCCACCCGAGGCAACUACAAUUCUUGGAGCCCCUGGAGCCAAGCCCUGGCCUUCAGGACGAGGCCGGCAGCACCUGGGAAGAAGACACCGCCCCUUCCUUGGCUGAGCCACGUCAUCUUAGGCCUGGGCAGUGCCUUUGGUUUUGUCUUCCUGGUUUACUUUCUGGCCAACUGCCAGUAUAUCGGGCCAUGGCUGAAGAAGGUUCUGAAGUGUCACAUCCCAGACCCUUCGGAGUUCUUUUCCCAGCUGAGCUCAGAGCAUGGAGGAGACUUCCAGAAGUGGCUCUCUUCGCCCUUCCCCUCCUCCUCCUUCAGCCCCAGCGGCCUGGCGCCUGAGAUCUCCCCACUGGAGGUGCUGGACAGGGACACCAAGGCCAUGCAGCUGCUCCUGCUGCAGCAGGACAAGGGCUCGCCAUCCUCGCCAGAGACCAGUGGCCACUCGGUGACCAGCUGCUUCACCAACCAGGGCUACUUCUUCUUCCACCUUCCAGACGCUCUGGAGAUCGAAGCCUGCCAGGUGUACUUCACCUAUGACCCCUGCACGGAGGAGGCCGAUGAGGGGGGGCCCCGGGCACCUGAGGGGUCUCUCCUCCCACCCCUGCUGCCUCUGCCCGGGGAGGACGAUGCCUACUGUACCUUACCCCCUGGGGACGACCUGCUGCUCUUCUCCCCCACUCUCCUCGGUGGCCCAGGCCGCCCGAACACUGCCCUGGGGGGCUCUGGGGCUGGUGAAGAGAGGCUGCCAUCCUCCCCGCAGAAGGGAGUCCCUGGAGACUGGGGCCCCCAACCGCUGAGGCCUCCCACCCCAGGAGCCCCUGACCUGGUGGAUCUGCAGUCAGCCCUGGAGCAAGCGCUGGGAGAGGCAGGAGAGGAGGAGCCCCCUCCCGGCCCGAGGGAGAGGGUCGGCUUCCCCUGGGCCAGCCCUCCUGGGCAAGGCCAAGUCAGACCCCCCACCUCCUGCCUGACCCUGAACACUGAUGCCUACCUGUCCCUCCAAGAGCUCCAGGAUCAGGACCCAGCUCGCUCGGUGUAGACAGAUGGCCAGGGGUGGGAAGCAGGUGGCCGUCCAUUGUGGCACCAGGCCCAGCUGAGGACUUUCUUUCGAGGCUUAUCCACUGCUGAGACCCUCGGUGUCCAGCUAUCCCCUGGACAUCUCUGCCCGAGGGCCCUCGCCCAGCCCUGCACACUCGGCUGUUCACUUUCAAAUCUCAGUUGCUGCUCCCUGGUUCUACUGCCCAAGCGAGGAACUGUGGGGGGCGGGGCGCUUUGACUCUCCCACUCCCUUGUCAAUCAUGGAGUCUAACGGGUUUUGCCUCUGAAGCAUCCUUCCUCUCCAGCCCGCAGCUACUUUUCAGGGUGAGUUCUCGUGGUUCCAGAGGUCUUCCCCCCCCAGCCUCCUCUGGGCUUCCUGCCCCAGUCAUCCCCACUCCCACCCACACUCCACAGGACAACCUCAGUCCUCUUUCCAAAACACAAAAUAGGGCUAUGCUGCUCCUGGUUUAAAACCCGCUACAGUUUCCCCACUGUCCUCAUCACCACUUCUUGGUCUGCCCCUUGCCCCUCCUGCGUCAUGUUGGGACGUUCCCUUCUGGAACCCUCCCAAUGGUCCUACUGAGCCACUAGGAGCUCCCUCAUUCCCCCACACCUUGGCACAUGCUCCUCCCUCAUCCAGGUGACAAACUCCCCUUAUCCUUCGUGUCAGUUCUGCUUCCCUUGGAGGGAAACACUGCCUUCAUUAAUAUGCCCAAACUUUGAGAUUCAGUGCUGGAGGGACAGACUCUCAGGGUUACAGGUUGGCUGGACAAAGUGGCCCUGUCACUUCCCCUUUGGGGUCUCUCAUGACUUCGGAAUGCUUGGCUAUAGCAUCCUUAAGACUGUGGCCCAAGUAUGGAUACAAAUGUCCCAGCAAAGUGGACACUGGCCAGAUCUUUGCACAAUGACUUCAAAAAUUCAUAAGAUCUGCUGUAAACCCCUCCUAGUGGUGGGUCCUGAUGCUGUCACAGGGAGCCCACCCUUGGGCCCCUCCUGCUCCACCCUCCACUGGAAGGGUCUCUUCUGCAGCUCUGGGGCUGGCACACCACCUCCAGAUGGCAGCUCCAUUCACUGUACUUGACACAGUGCACCUGGCAUCCCAUCAUAUUCCAUGAGUGAAUUAAUGAAUUACCUGGCAUCACCUUGCCUGGGCUCCCUGCAUCCAGCUGCCUUCAUGCAGGGGGCAUCAUCCACCUCACAGGAGCACCUCUGGCACCUUGACUUCUGUGAAGUCAAGACUGGAGGGGCGAGAUCCACUAGGUUCCAGCAUGCCAGCUCCAGCAAGAGGCUCAUCCCCUCACAUGGCAGUCCUCGCCUGUCGCCCCACAGCUAGCCUCUUCCUUCUCAGUGCUCCCCACCACCCCAUCCUCUUCUCUUCCUUCUGUUUCUGGGACUGAUCACACCUAUGAUGCCUGUCACAACCUUCCUCCUUGACUAGACAUCUCUGGAAUGCAGGGACCCCACCGGGUCCCAGCUAACUCUAAGGUGGGAAAGCUUAGUGCCUGUAUUUAUAGGCCCUGCUCGCAGCUGAUUGGGCACCUGACAUAAGCCCACCCAUAGGUUCAUCAGCAGCCUAUGAGAUGGCUUAGAACAGAAGCUCUGUCCAACCAGGGAGGCUGGACCUGAGCUGGCCAAUCAGGUUUCUCUCAGUCUUGGGUAUUUGAAGGAAAGGAGAAAGGGCGGGCCCUGGGAGUAGGUGCACGUGGAGGUGACCAGCAAAGGCUAGAGAGGAGUUGAGCCACUUUAGUAGGGGUGCCGGGCUCCCAGUAAAGAGAGUCCUGCUCUCCAGGGGGCUACUGCCUUUCACUCAGGAUUCCUGUUGCUUUUAUGUCCAAAAUGAACACCACUUUCCUGAGGUUGUCUGAGUCAUGGAGCCUUACCACAGAAUAGCUUAAUUUUCUGGUCUUCCUACUUCCUGCCAUAUGAUGCUAUAUGUUCUGGGACACAAAUCUUCUCAGUCCUGAGAUCAUCAGACCCAAGCUCACUCACACAUGUUUUUAAUGAUCUGUGUGCAUACCAUUUUUGUUAUUUACUCAAUCUUUUUCUUUAAGUCAAUUUACUUUUUUGUUUACAUACUUUUAUUUAAAAAAAACUUUGUAUUCUUUCCGUAUUCACUAUAAAUAGAAGAUAACCAUAAAAAGCAAUACAAUAAAACAAAAUGUUUCAACUCA